AUGUCCGCCUCGGCGGCUUGCCUCGCUUCUUCCGCAACGAACCGGCUGUCUCCGGGCUGCGGCGCGCUGCAGCGUUCCUGCCGCGCCGCAAUGCCAGGCAAUGCCCAUGCAGAGAAGUCGCUCUCCUCGCCACUUCACCGAAAGAUUUUGAGUACGCAGAGCGCACAGCUGUCGCGAGAGACCGCCCGGCGAUCGGCGAAACCGGUUGAUGCCUCUUGCCGAAACUGGAGCUGCGCCUCCUCAGUCAGCGCCUCAAACUGUGUGCCCGCUCCGUUGCCUCUUUCGUCGCACUCUUCUUCCUUCGGCUGUCCUUGCCGAGGAGCUCGCGCCUUCUCAACGGCGGUCCCUGUCAAGGAGGAAACAGCGGGGAACGAUGCAGCUGUCACGACCCUCUUUCAGUACACAGUCUGCCCCUACUGCACGGCCGUGCGCACGACGAUGGACUUCUUCUCUCAUCCCUACAAGGCUGUUGAAGUCAAUCCGUUCAGCAAGAAGGAGAUCCUGGGCGACCCGCGCCUUGACAAAACAUACAAGAAGGUCCCGAUUGCGUUGAUUGACGGGCAACAGGUCAACGACUCUCGAGAGAUCAUCCGGCGCCUGUGCGUCCUCCACCGCCGCGGUUUUCGUGAGGGUAGCAGCCCGUCGGCGUCGGGCGCACUCUCGCCCGCCGAGGAGACUGACCUCGACUGGGUGUAUUCUAACCUCGUAGUGGUUUUCCCUGCGAGUCUCUACCCAACUCUGGCUGCCAGCUGGCGCGCCUUCGGCUUCAUCACCGCUCUGAGCAACUUGUCGCCUCUCGAGAAGGUCGUCGUGCGCCUCGGAGGACCGCUCCUGAUGUACUCAGUCAGCAGGAUGAACAAGAAGAAGCACGGCAUCACGGACCCCGUGGAGGCCUUGUCGAGCGCCUGCCGCGAAUGGAUGACGCGCGUGAAGGCCGCAGGCGGAGCGUCAGGCCCGCUGCACGGGGGCGCCAAGCCCGACAUGGCGGACGUGGUCGCCGUCGGAUUCUUCCAGGCGCUCAAGGACGCGCAGACGCUACGAGCCGUGCGAGCGAAGGACGCAGAGUUUGGCAACUGGCUGCGAACCGCGGAGAAGGCCGUCCUGCGAUAA